GUACUAAUUUAUCUGUCAUAUAUCAUCUGUCACAUUGCGAUCCGUCAAAUACAUACAAAGCAGUGCACGCUACAAAUUCAAUUUCUAUUCUAUUUACAUCAAAACAGAUUUCACUACACUUCAGCUAUCUGUAGAGAAAAAAACUAAAACAGGAACAGAUGACCUUUGAAAAGGAAUCUACAGUAUAUUGGACUACACAUAUUAUAACAAGUAAUGGAAACUUUAUGACCAGAAGUAUGACAGAAAAUAGGAAGAGAUCACGCGAGGAUGAAGCCUGCGAAUUUAUGCCUUUGUCUAAAAGAAUUAACAAUUUACAUAUAAACAAUACCUUAACUAACUCAAAUCUCCUUACUCAAAAUACACUCGAAUCUAGUCAUACAAUUCAUGGUGACAGUUGCAUUCCUUCUCCAGGUUCAUCAACUGAUUCAGAAAGACGGCCAAGUUAUGAUCCUGGAUUCAAUUCAUCUGAAAGCAACUAUUACCAUGAAAACAAAUUAUUGUUUGAAUUGCAUUUAGAGAGAAUACAAAGAACAGGGCAGCAAUUUCCGUUUUAAUACUAACUUAUUAUAAUAACUACUUAUAAGUUUGGUACCUGUAUUUGUUAUAUCUAGUAUGUAUUAUUAAUUGUAACAUUAAAUUAUGUUGAAACAUAA